UGGAUUUUGAUUCGUUUUUCCUUUUCUCUUCUUUUUCUUGUCGGGUACACAGACACAGGCACAUCCCACAUCUCUACAUAACAUAUUCUGCAUCUUGCAACCAUUACAUAGUAACCCACACACCUCAGGUGACUGAUUCCCUAGGAACCUGAUCAAUCCAAUCUCAUUGUACAAUUGUCAUCAUAGUAUUGAUUGCAGACUGGGUACAUAAGGCAUCAAGAGUUGAUUGAAUUACUUUCAGUCACUUUCAUUUACUUACAUAUAGCCUAACUGCUGUUUACCUCGAGUCGAUUUGACGAGUACCAUAAAAUCACGCCCUACUUAUCACCUUAGUCAAUAAACGCUUAAAAGGUGUACUCGACCCCGGGCUACCACAAGACUUGUUAAAGCAAACCCUUAAGGGGUCACACUACCCACCGCCACCACUUGAGUCGCAAUAGAAAGGACAUCCUUGUUCGGGUUGCCUAGUUAUUCUUUGCGGUUGAGUGUCUUUGACUACUUUUCAGCUGUGGAUUUUUAUUCAAAAAGUGUGGUCCAUAUCCCUCUUCUGGCGGACAAACCUGAUCCUAUAAGAUGCUCAGCUACGAGAAUCCUACACCAGCUGCCCCAUCAGCCUCUACGGCUGCGGAAAAACUGGCAACGUCUUUAUCAUCAUCCGCAAGGGCUUCAAAAGUAUCAGGAUCUGUGCCUGACAACAGCGUCUCCCAGUCAUCAAUGGCCAGCACAAUGAAGGCCACUGGCAGUUCAGCCUCUGCUGCCUCCAAUAGCGCAAGCGACCGCUCUGCCGCUCACAUCUGGCUCGUGACGGGGCCCGCUGGGUGCGGCAAGAGCACGGUAGCCCAGCACCUGGCCACAAGCCUUGAUGUUCCCUACAUUGAGGGCGAUGAGUACCACCCACCUGCCAACAUCGAAAAGAUGAGCAACGGCAUCCCGUUGACGGACAUGGACCGCUGGGACUGGCUGAUCCUGCUCCGAGACGAGGCACUGCGGAGGCUGGGCGAGGGCGGCAGCGACACCAAGGGCGUGGUGGUGACGUGCUCGGCGCUCAAGCGCAAGUACCGCGACGUCAUCCGCGUGGCCCGCUACUUUGAGCCCAGCGUCCACGUGCACUUUAUUUACCUGGCCGCCACCGAGGAGGCGCUGCUGGAGCGCGUCGCCCGUCGCCAGAACCACUACAUGGGCGCCAACAUGGUCCGCAGCCAGUUCCAGGACCUGGAGCCGCCCAGGCCCGACGAGACAGACAUUAUCAGCAUCGACGUGAGCGGCACGCUCGACGACGUCAAGACCUCGGCGCUGGACAAGGUCAGGGAGGUCAUGGCUGCGGAUCAAUGAUGGCCGGCCUGGUGCUCAGAACCAAAAGAGGGUGUUUUUUCUGGAUGGGAGGAUGUCCGCGGGGGCGUGGCCGCCGAUCUUGGGUCCCCCCGGCCUUCCAACUGGUUGGCUCUUUUUCUCUGCUAUGGUGGCCACACUCACAGGACUUUGCAUUGACUAAAACAAGGGCUCCAUGACGGCAUGGCCCGAAGGCAACCGCGCGUUCAUGCGACAUUUGUUCCGGCUCGAGAUUGGGUGGGCUCUUCCAAUAAGUUCUUUUAAGCGAAGGUUGUUAAUGCAGGGCACCGGUUUGGGCCACAGACGACACACCUUUUUUUUUCCCUAUUUCGCACCACUUGGAGGGAUGCUGGGAGGCAAGAUGUAACCGUAAAAUGGGGGAAGCAAGCGUUGCAAUUGUUUGUUCUGUCUACUGUAAGAAACUUGGAGGUAUUUUGCGCGUCUUUUUAUAUUCUGAAGCGAAAACCUCGUUGUAUAAAAAAAAACCUCAUUUAUUCGUGUCUAUACUUUUGUUUCUUUUGGCUCAAGAUUCAUUUUAACAAUCCUUUGAGAAGUGGUGAACUUGGUGCUGACUAUACGAG